GAGAGAGAGAGGAGCAGGUUGCACUGCAGGACUGUCGGGUAAUAAAGCUGGAGGGUGGACGUGCCUCCUUUACGCUCCUCUCGCCUCCUCCGCAGUGCACUUGCAGCUGAGCAGCUCUCCGGACAGGACGGUCUCCUCCUCCUCCUCCACCUCUUCUUCCUCUUCUUCUCUGUGAGCUGCUGUGUGAUAACAGUGUUGGACGGUGCGCACCGGCAGCUCACUCCAGAAGCUCCCCGGACAGACGCGCCAUGGUGCGGACUCAUUAACAGAAUCCGUGCCGCUGGAAUUAAAAUGAGCUCUCCUGCUGCGCGCCUCUCCUCCUCCUCCUCCACAUAGCGCUGCCUUUCCCUGCACAAGAGCUGAUUUUAUGUGACUCCAGCAGACGGAGCAGGAUGACUUCUACCUUAUCGCUGGUGAUUUUGUGCGCUCUGGCGGCGUUGGCGUCCGCCUCGAAGACGGAGCGAGCCGUGCUGCAGCCCUGCGACUCGGGUCAGUACACCAACGGUGGAGAAUGCUGCAAGGAGUGUCCACCUGGGGAGGGAGUGGUGAAGAAAUGCGGCGCUGCUCAGACCGUCUGCGCCCAGUGUUUGGACAGUGAGACCUACUCGGAGAACUACAGCCACACAGAGCAGUGCAGGCCGUGCACCGAGUGUACCGGCCUCAUGCGCAUGGAGACGCCCUGCACCGACUCCAACGACGCCCGAUGCGUCUGCAACUACAGCUACUUCUUCAGCACGGUGUCAAACCGCUGCGAGCCAUGCACGGUGUGUCCGGUGGGUCAGGGCGUGUACGCCCACUGCGACCACUACCACGACACGGUGUGUGAGGAGUGCGUGGACGAGACCUUCUCUGACAGGGAAAGCUCCCUGGAACCCUGCCUGCCCUGCACCAUCUGUGACGAAGAAACUGAGAUUCAGAUGGCUUUUUGCACGCCGACUAGAGACUCUGUCUGUCACAAUCCUUCCCUCCCUACAUAUGCCACCACCACCGACAUGGACGUGUCUUCGUCCUCCUUCCCCAAUUACUUAUUUCCUGACGGCUCUGACAGCCCGCUGCCAGGUGGAGAGACGACCACGUCCAGCGCCGGCUCUCCUCGCUUCCUCGGUCACGGCCUCAACGAGAACCUCAUCCCCAUCUACUGCUCCAUCCUAGCGGCCGUGGUGGUCGGCUUUGUGGCUUAUAUCGUUUUUAAGAGGUGGAAUAGCUGCAAGCAGAACAAGCAGGCGGCUAAUAACCGUGCAGCUACAAACAACCAGAUGGUGACGCCGGAGGGAGAGAAGCUGCACAGCGACAGCGGCAUCUCGGUGGACAGUCAGAGUCUGCAGGAGCAGCAGCAGCAGCAGCAGCAGCAGCAGGCCCAGGCUGAAGUCCAGACUCAGCCUUCACGCUCUCACACACAGGAACAGAUAGUGGUGAGGGUGGACGGCGGCCCCCAGCCUGACUCACCUCCCCCUGAAGUCUGAGGAAGACAAGGAGGAGGAGGAAGAGGAGCUGAAGACAGGGAGAAGAGAGUGGACCAAAAUAAAAGCAGGGUUGGGCCAUGCAGAGAAUGUAAAAAACUGACGAGUGGCCGCGGACUUGACUUCUACGGACCUCCCAGCACCUUGGGGCCACAGUGUGACUCUUCAUCCCUGCAUAUAGAGUCUAACUCAGUCAUUCAGUGUGCCUGGACACGACCUCUACGGCAAUACCAACCACUAUCUUAACUAGUGUUACACAGAUCGUAGAUAUACGCCAGUGCAUCUCCUAUUAAUUCCAGUAUGUCAGUAGCUGCCAGUUUACUAUCUUCUGCCCCUUUCUACGCUUUUAAUUCUGUAACCACAUGCCAUGAAACGUCUGUGCCUGGAAGGUAAAUAGGCAGAAAGGUACAACAUUAUGACUUCUUUCUUUUUUCCUGCGCCUCAAAGAGAGUGGGGAAGCUUUUUUCCACCCUUGCAUCUUCCACUACUCUCAGAUAAUCCUCUGUCUCUCUCCAUAGGAUUCACUCUAUUAGACCCCCGCCGUCAUCAGUGACACAAAAAGAAGUGAGGGGGAAGUCAUGAGUCAUUCCCAACUUCUUCUGAACUUUCUUGUAUAGCUUAACCCGCGUUUCACGUCAUGUUGUCUUUGCGUCAUUGUUCGGCCACGUUGGCCGGGAUGUGACGCCAUUUACUGUACAAGGCCGCUCGGUGUUCUUCCACAGCGUCCCGCUGACUGAAUCCCUCUUGGCGGUGCCUCCAGGGGUUGCGUUUCAGUGAUUUUGUGCUCACAAUGUAACACGCCCCAAAUGCUUGCCUCCUGUUAGCGGAGAGCCACUUUCAUUUUGUGGCUGAUUCAGCAGGGAGCCUCCAGUUUAACAUCUCUGGACCGUGGAGCUCUGCUGACUCACUGCAAUGAGGGGGAAAGGGAAGGCAUCAUCAUUAAGAAAAAAAAGCUGAAAUCUGGAACAAGGAAUCCCAUUUAGAAUAAUUUACACUUACUGAGCAGAAAAUUGGGACACCCCUCAGAGGCACACUUUCCAAAAAGCACUUCAGUCUCCACACGUUCACUUUCACCAUCUUGCAUACAGCUCUGCCUGAUAAACAGUGCCGAGGCGCUAAUGCUUUGUCACCGGCGCUCAACACUGAGCCCAUUAGAGUGACGUCCUGACAAGCAGGUAGUAAUUACCUCAGGGUUUCAGCUUCAUUUACCCUCUGCUCCACUCCCAUCAGGAUGAAUGCAGCGGACAGCACAGAGGCGACGGAGUGCACAAGCCUCAACGUGACAUUACAGAUCCCUUAUCCAACGCUGAGGCCGCUGACAUUUACUACACCGCCAUGGUGAUAUAAAGCACUUAGAGCAGGCUCACUUCUAAGGCUGGGUGGCACCUUUUAUCACCGAGGACCACUUUCAUGUUGCCCCCCUCCUGCUUCUCGAAAUAUCCGUAAAAGCAGCUGACAAACAGUAGAUACCUUGUAAAAGAAGCAAACUGUAGCUGAGCUGAACUGCACUGCUUUCAUUCCUACAGGGGCACAGUCCUUCUCAGGGUCCCUCUUGGUGUGGUAACUAAAAAUUAUGAAGAAAUUUUAGUAAAUUUGUCUAUAGAUGUAUGAUCGAGAUAUAAAGCCGCGAAGAAAGAUUCAGUAAUCGAAUUCCAGCAUGAUUCAGGAACAGAUGGUUUUAAAGUCGGAUGCUUCUUGCUGAGAUGUGGAUGAAGAAAAUUGAGACCAUGAAGCUACAGGCAGCAGCUCUGGAUAUCAUUGGGCGAUCUGUAAUUCAUUUGUAAUUCAAAAACACAUUUCUGUCUUUCUUUAUAAAACCAAAAACAGACCGACAGUUUCAGGAGUCACAGUCAAAAGAUGAUAACUAAUAAGGCAUGGUGCAUUUUUGGGUUUUGGCAACUCCUUUCCCUUUUUUGUUCGGAAACCAGAAGUCAACCAGAAGUCAUGAGAGGUUUUAGUUUAGUUUCAGCUAUUUUAGUAACUAAAAACCCAAAGAUUUUUUGCUUUCAAUUAAACACUGAGAAAACCAAACAAAAGAAAUGUUCCAAUGUUGUUUUCUGCAAAUUCCUAUUCAGGACAGAUUGUAUCCAUCCAUCCAUCCAUCCAUCCAUCCAUCCAUCCAUCCAUCCAUCCAUCCAUCCAUCCAUCCAUCCAUCCAUCUUGCACACGUAAAUAUGCUUCACUACACUUUAAAAAGCCCCAAAAUACACAUGAUCUCAUGUUAUUUCUGUUAUUUUAUGGUAUUUUUUGGCACCUCAGACAUUUUUUUUGGCUUUUACAGUUUAGUUUUCCACAAUUUAUGGUUCAUAAACAAAACAUCCAUUUAUUAGUGUCCAUUAAAGUGCAUAAAUGCAAAAUAAAACACAUUAAACUUGUACACAAAUGUAAAAUGCUAACGUAAGCAAGCCUGUUUUGCUCUCAGACAGGAUUACUGAGGCAACCAGCAUCUGGAAUAUCCACUAGAAACCAAGCAUCACUGAAACACAAAACACUCAUGCGACGACUCUAAAAAUUGCCAAUAACCAAACAUAGACCAUGUUUUGUUGGUAUUUUGUUCAUUUAUUGUGACAUCUAAAGCGUUCUUUUUUCCACCUUUUUGUUGUUGUUGUUGUUGAAUUCCAAAUGAAUUCCGGAUAACUCAUAGGUACUCAGUUUAGCAUAGAGACUGGAAACAAGGACAAAGAGCUUGCCUGGCUCCUUCCAAAGGUACAAACCAGCACCUUCAAAGCUCACUAAUAAACUCAUCAAUUCCCAUUUGUUUCAUCCAAAAACUACAAUUAAAAACACAACAGUGUUUUAGCAGGGGUGUCCAUGCCGUUAUCCCUGCACAAGUGGCGUCAAUCCUCUACUCUGAGCUUGAGUAUGGACACAAACCGCUACUGAGAGGGAAGUGAAAUGUGUUUACUUGUUAGCAGAGCUUGUGGAGUUGUGUGAAUGCUGCACUGAUAAGAAAGGUCACAGAGCAGGGAGAAGAAAGAGAAAGUGAGUCAUUACUGUACAUCCUGUGUGAUGCUGCGUGGAUGCAUCACAUGGUCGCCAGCAUCUCAACACAAUUAAGCUUUCCUCUCUUGUGAUUCAUGUGUCACUGCAGCGUAAUGAAUGGAAGCAGAUGAACCUCGGCUCUAGUUUGCUCACAGCUGAUGUGGUGUGGACAUGUGACCACACACACACACACACACACACACACACACACACACACACACACACACACACACACACACACACACACACACACACACACACACACACACACACACGCAGGCUGUGAUUCACUCCUCUAUUGAGAGAACCGCUAUGAUUCAUCCUGCUUCUUGCUGUGGCUGUGACAUUAAAGCAGACUUUGCUACAGUAUGACUGACCAGAGUGUUGAUUUAACGGAAAAAGAAAGACACACUCGCUCCUCGACUCCAUCUUCCCUUGAGGCCCAAUCAGCCCUCCAGCAGCGCACUGAACCAGCUUAUUCUGUUUCCCCAACAGCUUGUGUGUAAGAAUGUACAACCUGAAUACAAACCGAAAAAAUAUGCAAGACAUAUUCAAGGAUACGGUUUAAGUUUGCCCAGAAUUUUGAGUUGUUUUGUUGUUGUUUUUUUGCUUUUCCUGUUUUAUUUGUAUUCUGAAUAGUAUUACACUUUUGGAAUCAGUAUUUUUUCUAACUGAUGUUAUUUUGUAGCACUUAUUAGACGUAAUAUGAAUGCACUCAAAGAGUGUACCACAGUUCAAGUGCCUGUGUACAGUGUCCAGUGUCUUUGAGUUCAGAAGUGUGACUAUAUUUUUUUGGCAGUUUUCCAUUUAUUUUGUGUUUUUAUGUGAAUUUUCUUUUUUUUAAUAUUUUGAGAGAUAAUGAAGGUUUUUAGUAAAUCAAAGUCAGCACUAUAGAUGAACCUUGGAGACUCAAACAAACUGUAUAAACCUGGCACCAGUAUAGAGAGACUUGCAGUACAAACCAAUAGGUUGCCAGUGAACACAUACUGUAUGUUAACAUGCUAUAGAUACUGGCAACUAAUAGGGUCAUGUAGCAUUAUGAAAACAUUUACAUGUCACCUACGACUAUUCUAAAACUCACAUAUGCUAUUUGUCAAUAGAACUCAGCUCGACUGUGCAGAUGUUUUGCAUGUACCGUACGUUUUAUCACGUACCUCCAUCUCAGAGGCAACAGGACAUGUAAUCUGCAGCAACAUGAAAUCUAUGGGGAGGUUCACUGUGAUUCUCUGUGACAUUAUUACCGGAUACAGACAGAUCAGGACCUGGUCCCAAAAAAAGCUGAAUGUCAUCUGUAGUUAGCUACUAAUGUAAAAUGCAUUGUGUAAAUGUGAAUUUCUUAGAGUUGAUACAAGAUACAAAAAUACACGAUAAAAUGUUUAAAAAAAUGUGUGCAAGUGAAAUGAACAUCUAUAAUAAAAUAAACAGAGAUGUCAUUGCA